AUGCCACUAUUAAGAAGGCUUUCUUCCAGCUUCAAAAAGAACAAGAGUGCAAAGGCCAAUGGCGUCAACGGUACUCUUGCUCCUGUCGACGAGGCUAAGGCUCCGGCUCCUUUUGUGAAUGGUGACCAAGUGAAUGGCACAAGUUCACAUGGUGCCUCGAUCGGCCAAAGCCUUGAGAAGACGAAGGACGUUCGACGGCCCUCGGCACCCACAUUGGCAACCACCUCUAAUCCCCCAGAGCCGCCAGUGAGAGAUGACGACAAUACCGUAGCAACUCGAAAGGAUGUCGACAAUGUCUUUACCCAAUUUGCAGCACUCAUCCACGCGUCGCAGCGUCCUCUUCCCACCCAGUCAGGCGACGGCCAAUACCUGGAGAAAGAGGAGCCGACAGGGUUCUGGAAUGAUCUGAAACACUUGGGAUUCAAAGACGCAGAGACAGCCUUGCACCUGGUCCAGGACAAACUCAGUGGAGGUCCAGUGGACGACCGAAAAAUGCACAUGGAAGAGGUUAUGCAGCUGGUCGCCGCCCUUCCUGAUAGCUCCGCCAAUCGAGUCAAACUGACAAGUUCACUUGUGGACCUGCUUUGGAAUUCCCUGCAACACCCGCCUCUAUCUUACCUGGGGGACGGCUACCAAUACCGUUCAGCAGAUGGAUCAAACAACUCGUAUAUCUUUCCAAAACUGGGUGCAGCGAAUACUCCCUAUGCACGUUCGGUGCAGCCCAAGAUUGCCCAACCAGGCGCAUUGCCUGAUCCGGGUCUCUUGUUUGAUUCGAUUUUGGCGAGAGAAGAAUUUAAGCCUCAUCCUAACAACGUUUCAAGCAUAUUCUUCAAUUGGGCUUCGCUGAUCAUUCAUGAUCUUUUCCAAACCGAUCACCAUGAUUACAGCAACAGCAAAACUUCCAGCUAUCUAGACCUGUCGAUCUUGUAUGGCGAUACCCAAGAAGAUCAGGAUAUGAUGCGGACGUUCGAGAACGGCAGGAUCAAGCCAGACUGCUUCGCGGAGGAAAGACUACUGGCAUUCCCACCAUCUUGUGGUGUGAUGCUCAUCAUGCUGAACCGUUUCCACAAUUAUGUCGUCGAACAGUUGGCUUUGAUCAACGAGAAUGGUCGCUUCACACAGCCCUCUGCUAAGCUAUCCGGAGACGCGGCAAAGGCAGCUUGGAAGAAGUACGACAACGAUCUCUUCCAGACGGGCCGUCUCGUUACUUGUGGACUCUAUAUCUCGGUCACACUCAAUGAUUACCUUCGCACUAUUGUCAACUUGAACAGAACAAACAGCACUUGGACCUUGGACCCGCGGUUGCACAAACCGAAGACCUUCGGAGACGAUGGCACCCCUCGAGGAGUUGGCAACCAAGUGAGCGCCGAGUUCAGUCUCUCUUACCGUUGGCAUUCUUGCAUCGGUCAGAUGGAUGAAGCCUGGACGGAGAAAGUCUACUAUGAGCUCUUUGGGAAGAAGCCAGACGACGUUUCGCUCCAAGAACUGAUGAUCGGAUUGGCGAAAUACGACCAUGAUCUACCAAAGGAUCCACUUCAGCGUCCCUUCGCCCAUCUCAAAAGGGACGCACACGGUAAGUUUGACGAUGGGGAACUUGCCAAAAUCAUGCAAGCCGGCGUUGAAGAGGUCGCCGGUGCAUUUGGUGCCCGAAACAUUCCCAAAUCCCUUCGAGCCAUCACCAUCCUUGGUAUUCGGCAGUCCCGAGCCUGGAAUCUGUGUACCCUCAAUGAGUACAGAAAAUUCUUUGGUCUAAAGACAUACGACACAUUUGAGGAAGUUAAUCCAGACCCUUAUGUGGCCGAACAGCUGAAACACCUAUAUGAGCAUCCUGAUUUUAUCGAGCUUUACCCUGGCCUUGCUGUCGAAGAGUACAAGAAGCCGAUGGUGCCAGGGGUAGGGAUUUGCCCUACACAUACCAUCUCACGUGUAGUGCUCUCCGACGCUGUUUCCUUGGUCCGUGGCGACAGAUUCUACACCAUUGACUACACUCCGAAGAACCUCACCAACUGGGGAUUCAACGAGGCUGCCUCUGAUACCAGUGUCAAUCAGGGUUGCGUAUUUUACAAGCUUAUCUUGAGAGCACUGCCGAAUCAUUUCAAGCCAAACAGCAUUUAUGCUCACUAUCCCAUGACAAUUCCAAGCGAAAAUGCCAAAAUCAUGAAGAAUCUCGGUCGUUUUGAGGACUACGACUGGAGCACUCCCGAAUUUAUUCCUCCUCGCGUGACCUUGACUUCUUACGAGAGUGCCAAAUAUCUCCUAGAGCGCCCUCAAGACUACAAGGUCAUGUGGAACGAUGGCUUGGGAUUCUGUAUGGGUAAGGGAGGUGAGAGGUUCUGUCUCGGAGGGGACACGAUUUUCCACCGGAAGCAGCGCCAGACAAUGGAACAACUCAUCUAUCGAGACAAAUGGCACGAGCAUAUCAAGCGCUUCUACGAGUACAUCACACUCCGGCUUCUUCACGAGAAAACCUGCAAGAUUGCCGGCAUCAAUCAGGUUGACAUUACGCGAGACGUCGGCAACCUUGCACACGUCCACUUUGCCGCCAACAUGUUCGAUCUGCCUCUCAAGACUGCGGAGAACCCCCGGGGCAUUUUCUCGGAGCAGGAGUUGUGGAUGGCCAUGAGCGUGAUAUUCACUGCCAUCUUCUUCGACUUUGAACCUACAAAAUCCUUUCCGCUCCGGAUGGUGGGAAGGAAGUUGUCAAACUUACUCGGGAAGCUGAUUGAAGCCAACAUCAAAUCUGUGACAGCGACUUCCUUCGCUGCAAAGUUCUUCGACGGUUGGAGAGAGAAUGAGAAUACUCUCGCAGACUACGGUAUCCACAUGAUUCGUCGACUGAGCGAGACCGGAAUGAGCACUUAUGAUAUGGCCUUCAGCCAGAUCUUGCCGACAGCCUGUGCACAGGUGCCGAACCAAUCUCAGGUCUUCACGCAGAUCAUAGACUACUAUCUGAGCGAAGAGGGUCUCAAGCAUCUUCCAGACAUUCAACGUCUCGCAAAAAUUGACAACAAGGAAUCCGACAACCAACUACUCCAUUACGUCAACGAAGGGAUUCGGUUGAACGGCACCUUUGGUAGCUACCGACGCAGCCAAGUCAACCAUACUUUCCACGACGAUGGAAGACAAGUCACCGUGAAGCCUGGCGAUAAGGUCUUUUGUGGCUUUGUGAAGGCUGCGAGAGAUCCAAAGAUCUUCCCGAACCCGGACGAGGUCCGUCUUGAUAGACCGCUGGAGUCAUAUAUCCACUACGGCAUCGGCGAGCAUGCUUGUCUCGGCAAGGACGCCAGUAUGGUGGCAUUGACUGCCAUGUUAAGGACGGUGGGCAAACUAGAGAAUCUGCGACGGGCUCCCGGACCACAAGGACAGCUGAAGAAGGUUCCACGCGAGGGAGGAUUCUAUGUCUACAUGCGCGAAGACCAUGGCUCAUACUUUGUGUUCCCAUGCACACUCAAAGUCCACUACGAUGGCACACUGCCUCCGUUGCCAAACCCUAAGGCUGAACGUUGA